AAAAUAGUAUUUUUUGUUGCAAAAAAAGUAUUUUAACUUGUUCUCCACUCAAUCUGACCUAUAAUUAUUUUAAUGCUCCUUCUGUGGUCUCAGUUUCUAAGUGUGAUACGAAAUCCGUAUACCAGGUGUUCAGCAUCCUCUCGCGAUACUUCAUCGAGAGGCGCAAAACGACAGAAGAUAAUGAAAACGCGGGGUUUCUGAAAAAAAUGUCAGGUUCCGAAAUGCAUGAACAAGUCCAAUAUGCUGUGAUGGAAUGGCCCACAGAUGGCAAUCAAGUGUCAAUUCUACAUUUGAAACAUAUUAUCUCGCCAAAGAAAGCUUGGAAUAGCUAUAAUAAAGGUGAUGUUGGGAGGAGUAAAUAUCCCGGUGCCAAUGGCGAGUGGCCAUUCAUAAUUCACGGAGUUGGAGCUUCCAGAAAAGAUCUGGAACCUUUAAUGGAAAGAGUAAUGAGGCCACAGACUGAUGAUGUUUCAACUGAAGAAACUUCAGAGUGUCUACCUGAGAUUAAAACUAAAAAAAGAAAAAAGAAUAUUGAAGAUAAAGAGAAUAGUUCCAAAAAAGCAAAGACAAAUGUAACAAAUGAAAAAAGUCCUGAGAGAUCGGCUGCUGCCGCCAUAUUGAAGAUGAGAGCUGCUAGUGGUAACAUCUCACUAGUAAAUGACAAUGAAUUGAAUGAUUCCAACACAAAUCAGAUUAAUCCUGUAUCAUCACUGACUGUUCCAGUUGCGCCUGGUGGAGAAACAAACGGGCCAAGAGCUGCAAGUAACACAGCAGUCAUCCCGGAAUCCUUCACAAGUAGCCCAUUAGCACUUAAGCUUCCAGUAAGGACUGUUGGAGAUCAUGGUGAUAGAAACUUUUCAGCAGAAAGGCCAAGAGCUCCAAGUAACACAGCAGUUACCCCUGAUUCCUUCACAUGUAACCCAUCAACAGUUCAGCUGCCAGUAAGGACUAUUGGAGAUCAUUGUGAUGGAAACUUUUCAGCAGAAAGGCCAAGAGCUGCAAGUAACACAGCAGUUACCCCUGAUUCCUUCACAAGUAGCCCAUCAACAGUUCAGCUGCCAGUAAGGACUGUUGGAGAUCAUGGUGAUGGAAACUUUUCACCAGGAAGGCCAAGAGCUUCGAGUAACACAGCAGUUACCCCUGAUUCCUUCACAAGUAGCCCAUCAACAGUUCAGCUGCCAGUAAGGACUGUUGGAGAUCAUGGUGAUGGAAACUUUUCACCAGGAAGGCCAAGAGCUUCGAGUAACACAGCAGUUACCCCUGAUUCCUUCACAAGUAGCCCAUCAACAGUUCAGCUGCCAGUAAGGACUGUUGGAGAUCAUGGUGAUGGAAACUUUUCACCAGGAAGGCCAAGAGCUUCGAGUAACACAGCAGUUACCCCUGAUUCCUUCACAAGUAGCCCAUCAACAGUUCAGCUGCCAGUAAGGACUAUUGGAGAUCAUGGUGAUGGAAACUUUUCACCAGGAAGGCCAAGAGCUUCGAGUAACACAGCAGUUACCCCUGAUUCCUUCACAUGUAGCCCAUCAACAGUUCAGCUGCCAGCAAAUAAUAUCAGUCCCUAUGAUUAUGAAUAUGGGAGUCACCAGAGUGAGAUGAUGUACAGAUAUCCAGAUUGCAGUUCUCUUCAGUGGACAGGGGGUCAUGUUUCUAGUGCUUUCAAUACAUUGUAUAAUGGAAGUAACUGCCAUGAAUGCUGCAACACGAUUUCAUUCCUUAAAAUGAAAUUGGAAAGCCUGGAGAGGGAGCUUGAGAAAGUUAAAUCCAAAUGCAAGCGUGUCAGUACCAGUACUCCAUCCCCAAGUAAUUCAAUCCCUGAAAAGCCUGAAGUGUCCACAGCAUCUUUGGAGGAGGAGAUUGAAAAUGUGGUGUGCAAGGCUCCAUGCUUAACUUCGGCUGUGAAGCAGGUGCUUUUGCACUCAUUUUCCAUUCAAGAACUGAUGAAUUCAUCGGUUAUGGGGCAUAAGAAUGUGAAGGCCAUGGACAAAAGAGGCCUUGACUCGACAAGGAGGUCCAAAAUUGAACAAGCUUUGUGCAAACACUUUGGAAAAGAUUUAGCUGUGGUGAGGGGAAAGAUCAGAGACAGACUGAAAUUGAUAAGAAGGGCUUACAGUGGGCUGGAGGAAGGCCAAAAAAAUUAAUCAAUAGUUUCUGAGGCACUGCCCCAUCAAUUCAACAUUGAAUAAUUUAUUUUAUUUUAAUUUAUUUAUUUUAUUUUAUUUUAAAGGAGUUAUUAUCCUCUUCAUAAAUGCUAAGAUGGACUUUUUUAUCAGAAAAAUAAUACAUUUCUUCUUAAUUUUAUUAAUUAACUUUUAAAUAAAUGUUUGGAGUAACAUUAUUUAAAGUUGAAUAAAUAUUACAACCAAUUUCAGGGAACAAAAAUUAAGAAUUCGUAUAUAUUAUCAUUUUAUUGAACAAAUGGCUUAAAAAAAGGUGUUAAACCUGCUUCAAAAAAAAAGGCUGCUUGCUGCAUUGAAUUUUGAUUUUUUUUGGUCUGAGAAACUAUUGAUUAAUUUUUUUUGGCCUAAGAAUAUUGCCAAAGUGAUCAAGUGUUGGAGUAUGAUAUAUAUUAUUUAAAAUGAAAGUCACAGGGCUCCAGAUGUAGUGCGUUUUUG